AUGCUAACUCGAUUUGGUAAGAGAAAGCUGGUCAAUUCUGGCCCUUCUAGCUUGAUUUUGAAAUCUUUACAAAAACCAAUACUUCAUCAACAUACUAGAUUAAUGCACUCAAGAGAUGACGGGAAGUCUACCGAUGCUGCUAACCAGCCGGAUGCUACAGCAACUACGCUUACGGAUAAACAUGAAUACCAAAGGGUGUUUAUGAACAAUUCUGCAGUCACAGAAGGUUUUAAAGCUACUUGGGUCAAUGCUCUUGCCGAAAGAAAGAAGCAAUUGGCACAGGGGAAAAUUAUAGACUCGUACAGUUAUAACAGCGUCAAAUCUACCGAAGUUGGUGAAAAGACCCGUGCCGAUUCGUUUACUUACUUGACUUUGCCUUUCAAAGAUGAUCCAAUUAUCGCUGACUUUUACGUCAAUGCCGGUGGUAGAAUUAGAAUGGGUCAAAUUUUCCAAGAUCUAGAUGCCUUGGCUGGUAGAAUCGCUUAUAGACAUACUUCUCCAGCGGAGCCCGUUAUCGUUACUGCGUCUGUGGAUCGUAUUUAUAUGUUGAAACCUUUGGACCACAUCAGUGAUUACAAUGUUGUGUUGUCUGGUACUGUUGUAUGGACAGGUAGAUCAUCAAUGGAAAUCGCUAUCAAGGCUUCUGCAAUUCAAGGUGCCAUCCCUAGCGAGAUUAACGAGUCAACCCUCUCAGAUGAGGACACUUUCCUAACUGCUUCCUUCACUUUUGUGGCAAGAAACCCAGAAACUCAUAAAUCGUUGCCUAUCAACAAGUUACUACCUUUAAACGAAAAAGAGUGGAUGGAUUUCAGACGUGCUGAAUCUCACAACGCUGCCAAGAAACUCCGUGCAAAGAAUGAGAAUUUAGAUACUAAUCCACCUACUGACGAUGAAUCUUCCAUCAUCCAUAAAAUGUGGCAAGCAUCAAAGGAGCUCAGUACAAUGGAAAGUAAACCUUUCAACGUUAUGCUGAUGGAGGACACAAAUGUUAAAUCAACAAUGUUCAUGCAACCUCAGUACAGAAAUAGACACUCAUACAUGAUCUUUGGUGGGUAUCUCAUGAGACAAACGUUUGAGUUGGCAUAUUGUGCAGCUUCCUCCUUCUCUCAUUCGCUUCCUCGUUUUAUCUCCUUGGAUUCUACCACCUUCCGUGCCCCAGUUCCAGUUGGGUCAAUUCUACACAUGGAUGCAACCGUAGUAUACACCGAACAUCUACAUGAAACUGCAUCUCAACCAAAGGUGGCUGCUUCAGUGGUUGAUAAAGAAGUCGAUGGUAACACUAUAUUCCAUUUCGAGCCAACAGCAGUGAACAAUAUCUCGGUUAACAAAGAUGACUUCCUCUCAAAACCAGGUACCAUAAUCCAGGUGAAGGUGAACACUGUUGUUCAAGCAUUGGAUUCUGAGAAGCAAACCAAAUCUGGUUCUUUUAUUUAUUCGUUCUUUGCUCCAAGAGAUUACGACUCCGAAAAGCCAGGUAGCCCCGGGUAUGCAACCGUUAUUCCUCAAACAUACUCCGAAAUGAUUGAGUACAUUGAAGGUAGAAGACGUGCUAUUGAAACUGCUGCAUAUGCAAAAACAAUGAAACGUGUGUCUAAAUUAUAA